AUGUUGUACAAUCAGUUUCAAAAUGUGGUGUCAGUCAGCGCUCUGGCACAUGUGCAACCUCAAAGGGUGAAAGAAGUCGCGACUGGGCUGUGGUCAGUGACUGGUGGCGGGGCUGCGCUGCCAGUGUGGGUGAAGCAGGGUAGAAGGAAGCCACUUUCGAGUGAUAGCAUUUGGUUUUCCCAUGAUCUGACAACCAGCAACCCAAGGAGAGCUUUCCUUUUCUUUUCCUGCGUAUCCACCUUCCCCUCUUGCCCUUUUCGCCCUCACCCCUCCCUGUUCACCUCACCCCCACCGGGCCCUGCCUUUGGUGAAAGAAAGAGACCAAAGUGCCACAAAAGGGCAAGGGUAGCUCAGUUUCAGACCCCAGGGCAACAUGUGUUCAGCGAACAAGAGUGUGAAGCCAUUUUGGAAGGUGGCAAUAUCCAGGAUGUGACCCUGAGAACUGUGCAGGCGGAGGAACGUGAGUAUAGGAUCAAAAGAGAAGUUGCUGAUGCAGCCAAAUUAACAAUGAAUGGAACUUCCUCUGUAGGAACCCUGGCUGUGUCACACGACCCAGUCAAGCUAGUAACUACCAGUCCUCUACCAGCAGAGAUGGAUAUUCCUCUAUUCUCUGGCAGUAUAACUCAGGUCAGAAGUCCUGUUGAAAGUGCAAUGAGCCUUAUUCCUGAAGAUGGCCUUCCUCCUAUUCUCAUCUCCACUGGUGUAAAAGGAGACUAUGCUGUGGAAGAGAAACCAUCACAGAUUUCAGAAAUGCAGCAGUUGGAGGAAGGUGGCCCUGACCCACUUGUAUUUGUUUUAAAUGCAAAUUUGUUGUCAAUGGUUAAAAUUGUACAUUAUAUGAACAGGAAGUGCUGGUGUUUUACAACCAAGGGAAUGCAUGCAGUGGGUCAGUCUGAGAUAGUCAUUCUUCUACAGUGUCUACCAGAUGGAAAGUGUUUGCCAAAGGAUAUCUUUAAUCACUUUGUGCAACUUUAUCGGGCUCUGGCAGGGAAUGUCGUGGGCAACUUGGGACAUUCCUUCUUCAGUCAAAGUCUCCUCAGCAGUAAAAAACAUGGUGGAUUUUUAUAUGUGACAUCUACCUACCAGUCACUGCAAGACCUAGUACUCCCAAACCCACCUUACUUGUUUGGGAUUCUUAUCCAGAAAUGGGAAACUCCUUGGGCUAAAGUGUUUCCUAUCCAUCUGAUGUUGAGACUUGGAGCUGAAUAUUAACUUUAUCCAUGCCCACUAUUCAGUGUCAGAUUUUGGAAGCCAUUAUUUGGAGAGAUGGGGCAUACCAUCAUGAAUCUUCUUGCAGACUUCAGAAAUUGCCAGUAUACCUUGCCAGUAGUUCAACGUUUGGUGGUUGAUAUGGAAGUUUGGAAAACCAGCGUAAAAAUUCCCAGCAACAGAUAAAAUGAGAUGAUGAAAACCAUGAACAAGUCCAAUGAGCAUGUCCUGGCAGGAGGUGCCUGCUUCAGUGAAAAGGCAGACUCUCAUCUUGUGUGUGUGCAGAAUGAUGAUGGAAGCUAUCAGACCCAGGCUAUCAGUAUUCACAAUCAGCCCAGAAAAGUGACUGGUGCCAGUUUCUUUGUGUUCAGUGGCACUCUGAAAUCCUCUUCUGGAUAUCUUGCCAAGUCCAGUGUUGUGGAAGAUGGCGUUAUGGUCCAGAUCACUGCAGAGAACAUGGAUUCCUUGAGGCAGGCACUGCGAGAGAUGAAGGACUUCACCAUCACCCAUGGGAAGGCGCACUCAGAGGAUCCCCAGGAGCACAUCCACAUCCAAGCGGUGGAUGAUGACAAGAACGUUAGCAAGGGCGUCGUAAGUCCUACAGAUGGGAGGUCCAUGGAGACUAUAACAAAUGUGAAGAUAUUCCAUGGAUCAGAAUGUAAAGCAAAUGGAAAAGUCAUCAGAUGGACAGAGGUGUUUUUCCCAGAAAAUCCUGACCAGCACAAUUGCCUCGGUGAUCCUGCAGAUCACGGUAGAUUGACUGAGCAUUUUACCAAGGCUUUUUGUCUUGCUCUCUGUCCUCACCUGAAGCUUCUGAAGGAAGAUGUAAUGACCAAACUGGUACUACGUGUGACACUUGAUUCAGAUCAGGUCGGCUAUCAAGCAGGGAGAAAUAGCCAGCCUCUUCCCUCGCAGUACAUGAAUGAUCUGGACAGCACCUUGGUGCCGGUGAUCCAUGGAGGGGCCUGCCAGCUCAGUGAGGGCUCUGUCGUCAUGGAACUCAUUGUUAUUUUUAAAAGUUUGGCCCAAGUGACUGCUGAUGAACAUAUGGGAUCUGGCUAA